UGAACUUUCAAAAACAUUGCAGUUUUGACGUUUUGCUUUUGAACUUUUAUUUGAUUAUACGUGUAUAGUACGAAGACAUAUUUUUUUGCAAAAUUUGAGCGAUUAUAAAGAAAAAUAGAAAAUACACCUUCGUCUGAAAAUCAAAUACAAAGGUAGUGACGUAUUGUAUAUAUAACCUAAAAGUGUGCAACUUGUACGUAUUGAAUUUGUGAAAAUGUUUAUCAAAUCUGGUAUUUUGUGCGGUUUAAUCGCAUUUUAUGCAGCGUAUGCUGCCCCUACAUCGUAUUUAAUCACACUUAGAAAUUUUACUCACACACGCUGUCCCCUUUACGAGAGUUUAUUAUUGAAAUCUCCUGUUUUGGAUCAGUGCCCUGACAAACGUCCCUCACAGUCACAUCUGGGUUGGGAAGAUCGGGAUGUUAUUCUCUGCUUGAUGUAUUCUACUGUUUUCGAACAUUUCUGUAAAGGUACGAAUUUAACACCAUAUUACGAAUCUGCAGGUCUCAAUUUAACAAAUGAACUUCAAAAAGCUUCUCUUACACUUGAUACAGUUUGCAAUUCACUGCAACAUAUUUCAUUGUUGGCCACAGAUGUGGUGAAAAUGUUCACUGAUGCAACGAAGUGCCAGUGGUUAUGUAGCAAUUUUAAUACAGGUAUGGUUGACAGUGUAUGUAGUUUAACCAGUGUCAUGUGGGAAUUAACAAAAAAGGAUAUAAAAGAAACUACUAUUGAAAAGGUUUCACAACAAGAAGCUACAAACUCGAGGGAAACAAUCAUCAGUCCUUCUGUUAAUAGCAAACCGAGUAGCAAACCUAGUGUACAUGCAGAAGUUAACCAAGAUAAACCUAGCACAGAAGCAAAUGUUAAUAAAAUUAAAGCCAGCAUAGAGACAAAUGUUAAUGAAAAUAAAGGUAGCAUACAUGCAGAUGUCAAGCCCAAGAAAGACAGUACAGACGCAGAUGUUAAUCAACAACAUAGUCCAAAAGAAAGUGCAAUUGAUACAGAAACUGGUCAUGCUUACCAAACAAAUGGAGAUAAACCAACCAUUGUAAGUCAUGCUGACGACAACUCUAAAGGAUCUAUACAAGUAUCCCAGGCAGGUGAUGCUUCAACACCCAGUAAAGACAUGAUAACACCCAAAGAUAAGAAAAACUCUCAACAAGUUACAGCACAUGGAAAUUCAGGGCCUGCAAUUGUCCCUGAAGAUGCCCAACCUGGCCCAGAUAAGCCGAACCCAUCAGACACCAAAAACAUUGAUGUCUCGAUUAAUCCAGUGAUCACUGGCAAAACGAGUGACCCCAACAAAGGUCCCAAUGAAAACACGAAGCCUAAAACCAAAUCAGAUACGCAAAAGAGUCCUAAAACCCAAGAGGAACAGAAAAUCAAAUCAGAUGUAGAAAAUGUUCCUAAACACCAGGAGGAACACAACUUAGGUGUAGUGGGUGUUGGUGGUAAAGUAAAUCUAGAAGAUACUCCAGUGGAGGCAAAGCCCGAGUCAAAGCAAAAGGUAAUACCAAGUGUUAUCAAUGAGAGCAUCCCUUCGCAAGUUGAUGAGCAAAAAAAGAUAGAAGACAUUCCAGAUACCAAAGGAGAUGAUAUAAAUAUUGAUGGGGAUCUAGAUGAUGAGGAUCCUAAAUAUGAAGGUGGGGACAAUGACGAACCCCCAUUACUUCAGAAAACAACAAAUGGAAAAGGUGAUAAUGCACAAGAGGUAGGGGAUGAACCACCGUCACCUAAAUAUGGGGAAGUGAAAAACAAAGUUGACGUUAUCAAACCAAAAGAAAUUGAUGAAGAUAAUCUGAACAUUGCGGCCAAUUUUCAAAAUCAGAACAUUGACGAUAGCGAUUCUUACUUCUUCUCAUAUUUUAUGAUGGUUUGUGUAGUGUUUAUAUUUGGUUAUGUCGCCUAUCACAACAAACAAAAGAUUUUAGCGUUGGUGUUAGAAGGUAGGAGAGGUAGGAGGCCGUCUCGCACUAGAAGACCAAAUUCCUCAAACUAUCGCAAACUUGACAGUACUUUAGAGGAAGCAGUGACAUCUUCAUGCAACAAAAAUUCAACUCAAGUGAUUUAUUGAUUUAUUCGACUGUGAUUUUAAAGUUAAAGCAUAUCUGUUUGGCACUUGUGAUGUAUUAUUGGUACUUACAUUUGGCAAUAAUUGAUUUAACCGAAAAUUUUGUUGGAUAUUGGGCGAUUAUAAAAUUAAAAAAGUCCUUUCCGCAUUUCGAUUUUUGUUAAAAGUAUUAUUUGUGGUUAGCAGUAUAGUAGGUACCUACAGCCUCGCCUACAGUAUAUUUAUUUUUAUUUAUUUUCCAAGUACUAUAUUUGCAUAGAUUCUUAAAAUGUAUACAAAUAACGAAUCAGUAAACAGAUUCCUGCACACCUGUUUGUAAAUUUUGUACAAAUUUAGAUGUAAAAUUGUAGAUUAGUUUCUUUUUUCACCAAGUAAAAUUAUUAUUGUAAGCAUUGUAUUUCCUAUUUUAUAUAAAUAAGCUUUAGUAUAUUAAAUGGUUGUUAUUUUAA